GUUCGAAUUCGGAUUUCCGUUUGAUUGAAUUUCGUUGUUUGUACUGAGAUAAUUUUUAUUUAUAUCAUUUGCCUAUUCAUUAAUCACCAAAAAUGAGCCUAGAGGAGAAAGAUCCAAUAUAUUUAGAUGUUUGUCAUCAAUUGGAUGCUUUCUGUAAACGAGUUGAAGAAAAAGUAGAUAAGGAUCAGCAGCAGUUUAAAGCGCGGAAGAAAAAUACUGAACUCGAAGAGAAACUAGCGCAGGAAAUGAAAAAAAACGCGGAGUUGUUACGACAACUAGAAGAGGUUUCAAGCCGGUACACGGAGCUGGACCGGCUGUGUGCUAUGUUUCCUGGGCAGCUCACUAUCUCUGACAAUGACCAGACACGGCUGGAUCAGGCCAAGUUAUCAUAUGAAGUAGCCAAAGAACUGACAGGGGUCAGAUUUGACUUCAGUGCUCCACCCAACAUUUGCAAAGGCUAUGUGAAGAGCGAGUCCCGGAAGCUGCUUCAACCGUUUAACCUAGAGGGCGACACCAGCGCCGCCAUCUGGCAGCUCGCGGAGUCCGUCGCCGCGCCCGAGUGGCGCCUCACCGAUGAGGAGAAUCUGCCACCCAACUAGAGUAGGACCAAGACAGACAGAACACUGCAUGUUUGCAAUGAGAAAGUGUGGCAAUGACAUCAUUAUUGUCAAAUAGGAAGAAAAUGCCACGCGAAGCAGCUUGGGUAAAAGUGCACGCACGGGCAGAGGAACGUCUCCACACACCGAGCUGCUUCGCGCGGAAAUUUCCUCGCGAGGCGGUUCGUUCCCGGUUGACUCGCCUAAGUUCUAUGAAAAUAUGACGUUUAUAUAUAAUUAAAUACACUCAUAUUGUUCUUAUACAAAUCGGGGAUUCUGUAUCAUUUGACACUGACUGUAUAGAUUAAGAGGCCGAUUGUCGGUGUCGAUUUUAGUCGCAAAAAUGUAAAAUUGAUAGAUUUAGUCGGUGAAAUUGUACACCUUUUGUUACCUAAUUGAAAUAACAAGUACUGGUUUCUAUUAGCACAUCUUCUUAUCUUACCUUUUAUCAGAUUAAUUUUUUUGAAAACAGACUCACUAAAUUAGUAAUGUUUGCUUUUCUGAUGGACGUUUAGGUAAACGCGCGUAAAGCACUGAUUUUGUCGCUCUUAUUUGUAAAUUUCGUAAAGUUUGGACGGCUAAACAUGGUAAUUUUGUAUUACACAUAUCCUGUACUUGACGUUUAUCAGACUACAUUUAUAUUAUUAUGACUUUGAAGUAGUGUAAAUGAAAGUUAGACGAAAUCAAUUUUCUCCAGAAAUUACUUCAAAACAAGUGACAAUUUCUCUGAAAAUCGACUUAAUUUCAACGUUAUUUUGAUACUAUUGCUGAAACUAUUCUUAUACAUCAAUUUGUAUAAUUUACCACCAUAUUUUUUUUUUUAAAAUUUUAAACACUGCCCCUUCUUUUCAUAUAUUAAUUACCGGUGACGUACGCUCGCGAUCUCAUUAUUAAAAGGCAAGAUGAGAAGACGUGCUAAUAGAAACCAAUACUUGUUAUCUAAAUAUUACGUAACAAAACGUGUAUAAUUUCAACGACUAAAUCUAUCAAUUUUACAUUUUUGCUCCAAAAUCGACUACCCAAAUUACCCAAAUUUUUUUUCCCCAAUAGCUUUUGUUCCAUUCGCGUUACUCCCCAUUCUGCUUUUUAACCAGGAUUUUAUUUUUUCAGUAGUUAAUUCAAACACACGCGUAUGUCCCAGUCGCUUUUUUCCCCAGAGUAAUAUUUCCGAGAACAUUUCCAUCACUACUUAACUAGACGGAGCCCCGCUUCGCGGGGCUCCUAUUUCUGGGCGGUUUGCCCUUCGGGCAUCUGAAGCUACCUAACGAACCUAACCUACCUAUCUGUCGACUUAGUGUGACUAUCGUGAAAACAUUUCUCUGUGGGGAAAAAAGCGACUGGGAUUUACGCGUGUGAUUAAAUUAACUACUGAAAAAAUGAACGCCUGGUUAAAAAGCAGAAUGGGGAAAAACGCGAAUGGAACAAAAGCUGUUGGGGAAAAAAAAUUUGGGUAGCUAAUCUAACAAGUCUUGACACUGUGAUAAGAUCUUUGUCGGACCUUGAUUGGAGCAUUGUGUAACUCAACUAAGUUACUAACUCAGCUAACUCUUGGAAAAUGUUAAAUAAUUUGAUACCUAUAAAUCAGGUUAUAAUCAGGUCAAAAAUACAGCUAAUUUAAGUUUAGAGUUUUGAAUGAUUCACGGUUAGUUUCACUAGACUUAUACUGACCGGGAUAUAUCCAGUGAUUACCUUUUGUAUUAUUUGUGAGCUCCCGAAAACGUACGUACGUUGAAAGUGAACGCAGCCGACGCGCAAGAAUGAGGGUAGACAGAGCGCUGUCUACACAACUUUGACACCCACCCGCUAUCUUCAGUCACCCGUGAACAUGAUGCAUGUAACUGCGUCGAAAUAUCGGGAGCUCACAAAUAAUACAUAAGGUAAUCACGGUCUAUAUCCCGGUCAAUAUAAGUCUAAUCUAAGUUUUUCAUACAAAACUUGUUUUUGCUUUUUUUCGUUUGUUUUAUAAACUGGAGCUAUACAUAUAAACAAAUUACAGACCUAGAUAUACCUCAUGUCAUUGUAUGUGCAAAGUUUCAUUACAAUCCAACACGUAGUUUUAAAAUGAGAACGAAACUCCGUUUGUGUGAGAAGGUGAAAUUCGGGCGAGCUUGCCGGGGACUCUUUAAGUUUCUUUUGACGUUUUCUAUCAAAUUGCCCUAUUGGCUAGGCCCUUGUACAUUCGCCAUCAGAUAUAUUGAAGCGGCCGAGGCGCUCACAAAUAUCUGAACACGCCUCUAUUGUCAAG